GCCCACGGAAGAAGUUCUUGGGCCGGGCAGUGGCGGGUCCAGGUGGUGGCGGGCCAUUAUUUCUCGGGUCACUACCGGACGUCACGCGGCAGUGAAGUUCCCUCGGAAAGGUCUAAAGCGCCGGUAGAGGAUGACAUUACUUCCGGAGCAUGUGCGGGCAGGAAAAGGCCGGAAGUGGCUCCAGCCCCACUUGGUGGCGAGGAGGAGUCAAGGAGGGUCUUCUCGGUGUUUCCGGAUUUAUCUCUGGAGUACCUGGGAGUUUUAGGAGAGAGGGCAGCCAUGGGUGCCAGGUGGUGCUGAGAACAGUGGGGCAUGGCUGCAGUCCUGCAGGUCCUGCCCUGCUUGGCCCGAGCCCCCUUGCGCCCACUCCUCUUGGGUGGCGCAGUGGUCCGGCUGGCCAGUGGCAUGGCCCUCGCGGAGCAGGCACGGCAGCUGUUUGAGAGCGCUGUGGGUGCCAUGCUUCCAGGCCCCAUGCUGCACCGGGCACUGUCCUUGGAUCCUGGUGGUGGGCAGCUGAAGGUGCGGGACCGGAGCUUUCAGCUGCGGCAAAACCUCUACCUGGUGGGCUUUGGCAAGGCUGUGCUGGGCAUGGCAGCUGCAGCUGAGGAGCUACUGGGCCAGCAUCUCGUGCAGGGUGUGAUCAGCGUUCCCAAGGGGAUCCGUGCUGCCAUGGAGCAUGCUGGCAAACAGGAGAUGCUGCUGAAGCCACACAGCUGUGUCCAGGUAUUUGAGGGCGCAGAGGACAACCUCCCAGACCGUGAUGCACUCCGGGCCGCACUGGCCAUCCGGGAGCUGGCUGAAAGCCUCACGGCGGACGAUCUACUGCUUGUGCUCAUCUCAGGUGGGGGCUCAGCCUUGCUGCCAGCCCCUAUCCCACCCGUCACACUGGAGGAAAAGCAGACACUCACCAAACUGCUGGCGGCCCGUGGAGCCAACAUCCAGGAGCUGAACACAAUCCGGAAGGCCUUGUCCCAGCUCAAGGGUGGGGGGCUGGCUCGGGCUGCCUACCCUGCCCAGGUGGUGAGCCUGAUUCUGUCAGACGUGGUGGGGGACCCUGUGGAGGUGAUUGCCAGCGGCCCCACUGUGGCUAGCGUCCACAACGUGCAAGAUUGCCUGCACAUCCUCAAUCGCUACGGCCUUCGUGCUGCCCUGCCACGUUCCGUGAAGACUGUGCUGGCUCGGUCUGACUCUGACCCUCAUGGGCCACACACCUGUGGUCACGUACUCAACGUGAUCAUUGGCUCCAACGCGCUGGCGCUGGCCGAGGCCCAGCGGCAGGCUGAGGCGCUGGGGUACCAGGCUGUGGUGCUGAGCGCAGCCAUGCAGGGCGAUGUGGAAAGUAUAGCCCGGUUCUACGGGUUACUCGCCCAGGUGGCUGGAACCCGCCUCACUCUGGCUGGGGCUGGAGCCUCUGCGGAGGAGGCUGAACAACUCCAUGAGCUGGCAGCUGAGCUCCAGCUCCCAGACCUGCAGCUGAAGGAGGCUCUGGAGGCUGUGGUGAGGGCCAGGGGCCCCGUCUGCCUGCUGGCUGGUGGUGAGCCCACAGUGCAAUUGCAGGGCUCAGGAAAGGGUGGCCGGAACCAGGAACUGGCCCUGCGUGUUGGAGUAGAGCUGGGACGACGGCCACUGGGGCCUGUAGAUGUGCUGUUUUUAAGUGGUGGCACCGAUGGGCAGGAUGGCCCCACAGAGGCCGCUGGGGCCUGGGUCAUGCCUGAGCUGGCCAGCCAGGCUGCCGCUGAGGGCCUGGACGUGGCCACCUUCCUAUCUCACAAUGACUCACAUACCUUCUUCCGUUGCUUUCGUGGUGGGGUGCACCUGCUGCACACAGGGCUGACUGGCACCAAUGUCAUGGAUGCCCACCUCCUGUUCCUGCGGCCACGGUGAUGGUGUAGGUUGUGUUUUAGGAGUACAGAGGAGGCCUACAGGACAGCAUCCUGGGGCCGACCAGGGUUGGUCCCCAAGGCCUCACCAGGCCUUAGGGUUCCUUCUUUCCUUGGCCCAGGCUGCUUGGUUGGCCCUUAUACCUCACACCCAUGGCUUCUGCUCUGUGUUCAUUCCUCCAACCGGACUGGCAGAUGGGGGCUCUCUUCUCCCUACUUUCUGCUGUGGACAGAUAGCAGGUAUCUCUGAGGACUGGGAUGAGCCCCUUAGCCAGUUUGCUGUUCCCAGUCUUCUCCCCACCCACCCCCAGGCAGCCCCUCUGCUGAGCUCUUGAGUGUCCUUUCUGUGGGGUAAAGCAAGGACUGCAAAUAAAAAGAACCACACUA